ACUAGCAUAACACUCACAAGCUACUUGCAAACUUUUGUGUUUUUUUUACGAGAAAUAGAACGCUUAGGAUCUGUGGGUCCGCAGUAAUAAAUAACCUUUUGGUUUCCCGUGCGUCGGGAUGCUGGCAGAAGUUUGCGCAUAUUUCGUGAUAGUAAUGCGUGGAUCUUUUACCUUUUGGAUUACGCUAUUAACGAAUAAUAACAUACAUGGACAUUAAACUCAACGGUCUGAACAAAGAAGAAUGACCAUGGAUUUUUCCCAACUGCACACAUAUACGCCUCCACAGUGUGCCCCAGAGAACACCGGCUAUACCUACUCUCUCAGCUCCAGCUACUCCACGGCAGCAUUAGAGUUUGAGAAGGCACACCAGAUUGGCGCUGUGUACGAGUCGCCCAGGAUGUCACGGCGGAGCCUGCGUCUACAGACCAGUGCCGGUCACUAUGGCAACGAGAGCCUGGCUGAUUACUCCCAGAACCGCAACAGCUACACGAGCACCAGGAGAGAGUCACGGACGGUGCGGAGCAGAAAGCAGCAGUCCGGUUCCAGCAACCUGUCUUUAUCCCUGAGCCAAGCCGCCACGCCGAGGAAAACCCUCUCCUUCUCUGCUGUUAAUACACCGGUUAACAGCAGCAGCAGCUACGUCACUCAGGAAAGCAACACAGCGUCUGAUGCCUCUUUGCUCACCUCCAUCAUGGAUCAGCCCGAUCUGAGACAGCGCACCAUCACCACAACCACAACCACCACUUCUGUGGAUGGACACUGGGGGAGGAGCUCCGGUGCCGAACACACUUCAUCAAGUGUCAACGGCGAUACCAGUGCGUCAAAGUCCCACACCUCGCUUGCCAACGGUUACAUCUGCAAAGACUGCUCUUUUCACUCUCAGAAGAUGGACUCCAUUAUCACACGGUCGUCAUCAUCUUCAUCGUCAUCAUCUCAGGCUGCAGAAGCUUGCUCGGAUGCCCUCUUCUCCUCCUCCACCACCUCGUCACCAUUCACAAGCAUAUACUCCAGGGACAGGAGUCGAAGGAACAAGACAGGUGUCCUGGUGUCUAUGUCUAACACAUGUAUACGCUACAGCAAGCGAGCCCUGGCCCCCAUAGUGUCCUUAGUCAGCCUGCUCUUCAACAGUGUGCUCUGGCUAGGCUCGAGGGCCAAGAGCUCUCCAGGAAAAGGUGUCCUUGCUUCGUUUUCGGACUUGAUGAGGCGAGCAGUGUCCUCCAGUAUGUCCCAACUUUGGCUGUUUAAGGAGACCACUCUCCACAGGGUGAUGGGCAGCAGGGCUAACGGCUAUGAAGGACAAGCUCACUCAAGUUUCUGUGGAAGCAUGAAUGUGAAGGGCCUGGUGACUGAAGAUGCUUCACAUCUUAAUCUCAAUGGUUCCCUGUGCGAUGACUGUAAAGGGAAGCAGCAUUCUGAGACAAACACCGUCCUCCUCACACAGUCCUCCAGGCCUCAGCGCCUGGUGGGGGCACUGUGGAGCGUCCUAGCUUACACAGGUUACUGCCUCCUCCAGCCAGGUUACUGUGCGGCGAGAGCAGGCAAAGCGUUGGUAACAGGGGCUGGGACAGUGGUGCAGAGACUGCUCUCGUUGUUGUGGAUGCUUGUAGCAGCUCCAGUCAAGGCAGGCAGGGGGGUUCUGUUGUUUCUUGCAACAGGAUGGUACCAGCUGGUGUGUCUCAUGUCUCUGCUCAACGUCUUCUUUCUGACACGAUGCCUUCCCAAACUCUGGAGGCUCCUGCUGCUCCUUCUGCCCUUUUUGCUCCUCCUCGCUUUAUGGUGGUGGGGUCCGUCCACUGCUGCCCUGCUUGCCUACCUUCCAGCAUUGAACCUAACCGAGUGGCGUCCUGCGUCUCCCUUCACCAUCCUGUCUAACUUGGUGCCAGCUUCUGCUCCAGUUCCUGCGUCUGUCCCCGUCGCUCCACCAGAAACUCCGGUGGAGCAAACCCCAGCCACCCCAGUGUCACAGGCACCAUCGGUGCUUCCCCCUGUGGUGGUCUCUGGUGUGGACUUAGAAAGACUGGAACGAGUGGAGCGACAGCUAGCCUUGCUCUGGGAACAAGUCCAGCAGGGUGACCGAAAGCAGGAGCAGCGACACGGAGACAUUUUGGGUCUCUACAGUACCCUGAAGGAGCAUCUCCACACUCAGACCGACAGGGAGAGCCUGGGACUGUGGGUGUCCUCCCUGCUGGAGCAGAGACUGGACGUUUUGCGGGGAGAGCUAGAGCAGGAGAACGCUCACAGAGCACAGAGUGCAGAGCAGCAGAAACAGCACCAAGAGAGUCAGGCAACACGGCUGGCUGAUUUAGAAUUGCUGCUGAGCACUCUGGCUGCCAAAACUGAGGAGGUGCAACAGAAGCAACAGCAUUAUGAGCACGAGAAGCAGGAAAAAGAGAAGGAGGUUGUCACCUCAGCGGCAGACACAGUUCCUGUCAGUGUGGGUGUGAAGCAGGAGGACCAUGAUGCUCUGCUAGUGGAAGUGCAGAGACUUGAGGCGGAGCUGGGCAGAAUCAGACAGGACCUGCAGGGUGUUGUGGGAUGCAAGGGCAAGUGUGAGCAGCUGGAAACACUGCAGGAGACAAUAUCAGCACAGGUGUCGUCCCAGGUCCGUAAGGAGUUGCAGGCUCUGUUCUUCGGCAGUGGUGGGUCAGGAGAGGCGCAGGGAGAGGUGCCCGAGUCGCUGAUCCACUGGCUGUCCCAGCGCUAUGUGAGCACACCCGACCUGCAGGCGUUGCUGGCCUCACUGGAGCUGAGCAUCCUGAGAAAUGUGUCCAUGCAGAUGGAGCUUAACCGGGCCCAAACCCUGGGUGAGGUAGAGUCCCAAGCCAAGACCAUCGUUCAGACUGUAACUGGGACUGUCCAGCACUCUGCUGCUGCUGAGGGACUGACAGAAGAGCAAGUGAAGCUGAUUGUCCAAAACGCUUUAAGGCUCUACUCCCAGGAUCGAACAGGCCAGGUGGACUACGCCCUGGAGUCUGGAGGGGGAAGCAUCCUUAGCACUCGCUGCUCUGAGACAUACGAGACCAAGACGGCCCUCAUGAGUCUGUUUGGCCUGCCACUCUGGUACUUCUCCCAGUCGCCACGUGUUGUAAUCCAGCCUGAUGUGUACCCAGGUAACUGCUGGGCAUUCAAAGGCUCUCAGGGCUACUUGGUGAUCCGGUUGUCCCUGAGGAUCCUGCCCACGUCCUUCUGCGUGGAGCACAUCCCCAAGGCCCUGUCCCCAACUGGAAACAUCACCAGCGCCCCACAGAACUUCACUGUUUUUGGUCUAGAUGAUGAGUACCAGGAAGAAGGGAAGUUGCUGGGGAACUACGUAUACCAGGAAGAUGGGGAGUCACUGCAAACCUUUCCUGUUAUGGAGCAGAAUGACAAGACCUUCCAGAUCAUUGAGGUGCGGGUGCUGUCUAACUGGGGUCAUCCAGAAUACACCUGCAUGUACCGCUUCAGAGUCCACGGACUCCCUCGGCCUCAGUGAACCAACCACUACCACAUGCUCAAAUACAACAUAUCACUUGUACAUAGCUAUCGCCAACCUAAAAACGGAGGGGACUCAGCAGUACUUAGUGGACGUUUUUGUAUGAAAGACACAAAGAACAGAGAAGUUGUGGAUUGUUAAAGCAAUGUGCCCGGGACUGAAUCAUGAACAUGUGUUUUGUAAUAUUGAAAGAGUCAGAGGAACGUUUGUAUGGGGACUUAAUGAUCGCAGAAGAGGAAUAGAACCACGGAAGAAGCUAAAACUCCCAGUCCUCUUUUUGUAAAAAGGUCUCUUGCACUGAAUCAGCCCGUGAGGGGCCGCAGGCUCCACUGAGCGGAUAAAUCCACCCAACUCUUGGCACCUUCCACUUCUGCAGGGAGGUGGACGCUUGAAAUGGGGGAUUACAGACUCAUCUCUUCCAUUUCCUCUUACACCAAUUUGUCUGAUUUGGUUUCUGUUCUUAAUCAUCUGUAUUUAUCUUUGAUUUCCUGUUAGUCUCAUAUUUUCAGGAUCAAAGCCACUGUACCUUUUGCCUGCGAUGCUGUCCAGGCAUGUCACUCCCUUUUGUUGCUGUCACAUCUCUGCAAUGACUUUAACUGGGCAGCCUGCAGGACUGGACCACACUCACACGAAAGGUUCACUACAUUCAAGGCUUGGCAUCAUUUUUCCACACAGCAUAACUAAGAUUUUCUUUUUUGGAACUGAACAUGCUGGACAGGCUUUGAAUGUUUUCUUAUGUGGAGUCAUUCUUUAACUUCACAGCAACACUAUAUAGUAUGAAUAUUAGGAGGCUCUUCACUGUGUACAUUAGACAACACGUGUCUGGUUAUGGAUGGACUCCAGGAUUGAUUCUAGCAUGAGACUCUUCCCGAACCAUACCCUUAACUUUUACAUGCACCAUAGAUUUUACAUGAGUGUGUCCUCUCUGAAGGUUUGAGUCUGUGCCUGGAUCUCAAAUUACCAAUCAAUGUUGAACGCUAAAUAAUAUAACUACACCUGUAGACAAGAGUGUGAUUUUUUUCCUUUCUGUUUUUAUCAAGAGGGGGACUCUGUGUCUCCCUCUAGCUCAGUAAUAAACGUCCUCCUCACAUGGGCUCCCUCUAUUCUGAAACCCUAAAGGAAUGUAAUCUGUAUAUUUCAUUGUUGAAAGUUGGUCCUUUAUAAAAUCUGCUUUUAUCAGUGUUGCUUUAUAAAAAAAAAUCAUCUUGUUAUUAUUGUAUUACUACCAUUAUUUCUACAUUGUGGUGUUUUUUUGUUUUGGUUUGAUAAUGUCAGGAUGCACUGCAACAACUUGUUAAGAGAAAUGUUUGUGGCACAGGUCUUCACAGUUUGUUUUAAAAUGGGUGUGUGUGUAGUCAUCAACUUUGAUUGCAAAUAUGGGUAAGUCUAAAAUGCUAUGUAUAGAAGAAAUGUUUUGUUCACUAUCUUAUUUAUUAACAAGUCAGUUAGUGACGGCAAUAUAUGAGUUACUGCAAUGUAUAUUUUGUCAAAAGCUGUUCAGUGCAUUUUGGAACCAUCUUGGGACUUUUUUUUAAAGAUAAAUGGCUAUUUUUGUUCAGUCAUGAGAUGACUUAACUGCUUUGGAAUAUAUUCCAAUAAAGACUUUAAUUUUGAAGAA